AUGUCAUUUAAUUGUUCGUAUCGGCAUUUGCAACCCGCACAGGAACAAACAUUAGCGACGCAGACACUAGAGGCUGUCAACACGUCAUCGGCAUACUCACAGAUCUUGUCGCACAUGCUACUCAAUGAGAAUGACGUAACAUUCACGGACAUGGUAGUGCGGCAGGAGAAGCAAACUGAACGCGUUCCCCUCGUGAUCGGUUAUUGGCUGGGGAUGAAG